GAUAAAUAUGGAUCUAUCUUCAUUCUUCUACAUGAUGAUGUCUAAUUAAUCCUUAAAGGGAGAAACUGACAGUCAAAAUGCCGGGCUCAUGGCAAAUCUCAGGGGCAAGGCACCUCACUAAUUCGGCCAAGUUCCCAGGUCCUGAUCAGCUCUUCCCAGCCUCAGAGAAGUCAUGGCAGCCUGCUGCAUCCAGUACUUAUGGCUCCUCUUCGUGCUGGGCUUCACCCCCUUCUCAGGUGCUCUGAAAUGUCACAAUGGGACCAUGGUGAAAUUUGGCAGUGGUUUCACUAAGGAAGUUGUUGACUGGUCCCCGCAGGGCUUCACACAAGCUGGACCUAAGGAGAUUUGUCAGGAGACAUUCCUGAUAGUAGACGUAGGUGCAAAAUCUGUCCUAGUGUGGAGCAAAGGGUCCGGUCUCCCUAGGCAGUGGAGUAGUGACCGUGUUGAGGAGAUUGCCAAAGGACCUGGAAUACAGGCUGCCAUGUAUAUCAACUUCUGUGAAUUUGAUGAUUGCAACAAUGCUACCAGCAGUGAAGCCACACUUGGCCACUUUCACUUUGAAUCCUCCUAUGACACAAAAUCCUUCCAGUGCCCUGUUUGUUUGACGAAUCAGAGGUCCUGCCCCUCCAAUCUUGUCUUCUGCCCUAAGGACACUGGUUGCUAUUCUGGUACUCUGAAAAUUAAGGGAGGAUCCAAACACAGGGAGAUUGGAAUGAUGGUCCAGCCAUGGCAUGGUGCCCUGCCCACAGUCAUGUAG